ACAUCAAUAGGUGUUCUUGGGGACUGGUCAGAGCAGGUUUGACUUUUUCUCGUGGAAGGCUUGACAGCAUAAAGUAAAACUAAGUCAAUUUUUUUUUUUUUCUCUCUCAACUGAUUUUUAGUAAAUCACAGACUCAGACACAGGACUCAACGGUAUAUUCCUGGAAGGCAAGGCAGUAUAAUGGGCACCACACUGUUUUUCCUCAUCGGGGUGUUACUCGUAACAGAUAGUGCAUGGACUCAAAGCGUGAGACAGCCCUAUGAUGUGUACGAACCAGAGGACUGGUCUGUGCAUGACUUCAGUUGUCCCAGUGAAUGCUUCUGCCCUCCCAGUUUUCCUACUGCUUUGUACUGUGAAAAUCGAGGUCUCAAAGAAAUUCCUGCUAUUCCUUCAAGAAUCUGGUAUCUCUACCUUGAAAACAACCUGAUAGAAACCAUCCCUGAGAAACCACUUGUGAAUGCCACCCAGCUUAGAUGGAUCAAUUUAAACAAGAACAAAAUAACCAACUACGGAAUUGAGAGAGGAGCCCUAAGUCAGCUGAAGAAGCUGCUUUUCUUAUUUCUGGAAGACAACGAGCUGGAGGAAGUACCUUCCCCACUGCCAAGAAGUUUAGAGCAAUUACAGUUAGCUAGAAACAAGGUGUCCAGAAUUCCUCAAGGGACCUUCAGCAACCUGGAAAACCUGACCCUUCUGGAUCUACAGCACAAUAAACUGUUAGACAGUGCCUUCCAGAGGGACACCUUUAAGGGACUCAAGAACCUCAUGCAGCUAAAUAUGGCCAAGAACGCCCUAAGGAGCAUGCCGCCACGACUGCCAGCCAAUACAAUGCAACUCUUCCUGGAUAACAAUUCCAUUGAAGGAAUACCGGAAAAUUAUUUCAACGUCAUCCCGAAAGUGGCCUUCCUAAGGUUAAAUCACAACAAAAUAUCAGAUGCAGGCCUCCCAUCGAGAGGUUUUGAUGCGUCGUCUAUUCUAGAUCUGCAACUGUCUCACAAUCGACUCACAAAGUUUCCUCGAAUCAGUGCCCGCCUGCAGCAUCUGCACCUUGACCAUAACAAAAUUAAAAGUGUGAAUGUCACUAUGAUAUGUCCUACUCCUACCACACUGCAUGCAGAACAAGAUGUUUUCCUUCAUGGACCUCAACUGAGCUACCUCCGGCUGGAUGGAAAUGAAAUUAAACCACCUAUCCCAAUGGAUUUAAUGACAUGCUUCAAGCUUCUUCAGGCUGUCAUUGUUUAAGUACAUCUUUAGCAAUUCCAGAAUGAGCUUUUAAAUGAGCUCAAAUUUCCAUCUGCUCUUGGCCGCCAUUUUCAUGUGUGCAGCUUAUUUUUUUUCUGUAUACAAACGUGCUUCUGUGCUUCUGCCAGCGGCAUCCAGUGCAACUUGUAUUAAUUUGCUUCCCAAUUAAUAAAUCAGACACAGAGUUAAGGUAUUUUAUCAACUCAAAGAUAGUUAUUGUGUUUCUUUUACAGCUGAUUAAUAUCAAGAAAUACAUUUACAUUAUGAAAAUGAGGACAUAUUGUAUGUUCAAAAUUAAUUAUGUGGGUGCUAUAUUUACAGUAUAAAUACAGGAAUCAAAGCUGAUGUAGGAAGAUUGGGAGCAAAUGAAAUUUUUCUUUAUUGUGAUUAUGAUGAAACAUAUGCAGAUUGCUGAAUGGACUUGGAGCAUGCAAUUUUGGCGUUUAACUGAAGAAUGGGUAUGAAAUGACUCCAGUACUUCACGAAAAGGGAUAUUUUGUCCUUUAAUACUGAAUAACAAAGCAGAGGACAUCUAAAAUUCACCAUUAUUUUAUAACUGUUUCUCUUAGACAUAGAAUACUAUGUUUUCUAGCAAUUAAAGGGGUUCAAAAUUUAACAUUUAUUACAAAGCCUUUCUCACAGUCAUGUUUUAACACUUGGAAUUGCAAAUUAUUCAAUUCUUAUUUUGCUCUUGAUUUUUGGAUUUUAUAAGUAAGGGGACCAAAGGCUUUUUAACAAAUCAAAUAAAAUAUAUGUUUUGAAAAAAUUACUCUCAAGUUUUAUUUAGGGACAUAUAAUAACAAAAAGUGCCAUACUAACAGUUAUUUGGAUUUUUCUAGUAUGAAUAUAUGGAAACAUGUUUUUUCUAGCAUAGUUUUCCUUAUUCUUCCUGUAAACAUAGGGGAAAUAUUAUAUUCUUCUUAUUUUACAUACUGUUUCUCGUGAGUUAAAAAAGUAACCCAGUGUGUCAUUAUGUAAUAAAGUAUACUUAAACCUGCUAGUUUUGUAACAUAUGUGCUAUUAACAAUAAAUAUUCCAGAGAGAUUAA